CUGUUGCUGGAAAAAAUGGCUCACCUUCAAGCACUUUUUAAGUAUGUGGAUGAACACCAAGACCUCUAUGUGCAGCGCCUGGCAGAAUGGGUCAGUAUCCAGAGUGUGUCCGUCUGGCCCGAGAAGCGCGGGGAGAUCAAGAAGAUGAUGGAGAUGGCAGCGAAAGACAUCGAGAGGCUGGGGGGGAAGGUGGAGCUGGUGGAAAAUGGCACACAAAAGCUUCCCUCAGGUGAGGACAUCCCGCUCCCUCCCAUCCUCCUGGGCAGCUUGGGCUCUGACCCGGCCAAGAAGACGGUGUGUAUUUAUGGUCAUCUGGAUGUGCAGCCUGCUCAAAUGAAGGACGGCUGGGACACGGAGCCUUUCACUCUGGUGGAGAAGGAUGGCAAACUCUAUGGAAGAGGAGCCACUGACGAUAAGGGUCCAGUGUUGGCCUGGUUAAACUGCAUCGAGGCCUAUCAAAAGAUCCAGCAGGAUCUUCCCAUCAACAUAAAGUUCUGCUUUGAAGGGAUGGAGGAAUCUGAUUCUGAAGGCUUGAAUGAUCUGGUGUUUUCCCGAAAAGAUUCGUUUUUCAAAGACGUGGAUUACGUCUGCAUCUCCGACAACUACUGGCUGGGCAAGACCAAACCGUGCAUCACCUACGGGCUCAGAGGGAUCUGCUGUUUUUUCAUAGAGGUCGAGUGCAGCGGGAAAGACCUCCACUCAGGCGUGUUUGGCGGCUCUGUCCAUGAGGCCAUGACUGAUCUCACUGCAAUCAUGGGCUCUCUGGUCGACAGGAAGGGAAAGAUUAUGAUUCCCGGGAUGUACGACAGUGUGGCUCCUCUGACAGAGGAGGAGAGGAAGCUGUACGAGAAGAUCGACUUUGACUUGUGCGAGUACUGCAAAGAUGUCGGGGCUGGAAAGCUGCUGUAUGAUACUAAGGAGCAAAUCCUGAUGCAUCGCUGGAGGUAUCCAUCUCUUUCUCUGCAUGGCAUUGAGGGAGCUUUCUCUGAAACCGGAUUCAAGACCGUCAUCCCCGGCAAGGUCAUUGGGAAGUUCUCCAUCCGCCUCGUUCCUGAUAUGGACCCCAAAGUUGUGGAAAAGCAGGUGAUCGACCAUGUGCAAAAGAAAUUUGCUGAACUUGAAAGUCCUAAUAAGAUGAAGGUGUGCAGCUUUGGAGAAGGGGCAAAAGCCUGGGUGUCCGAUUUCGACCACCCGCACUACAUGGCUGGUCGAAAAGCAGUUAAAACGGUUUUUGGCAUUGAGCCGGAUCUGACUCGCGAGGGCGGCAGCAUUCCUGUCACCCUGACCUUCCAGGAGGCGACAGGCCGGAACGUCUUGCUUCUCCCUGUUGGGUCCUCGGAUGAUGGCGCUCACUCCCAAAAUGAAAAGAUCAACAGAUCAAACUACAUUCAGGGAAUCAAGAUGCUGGGAGCAUACUUCCAUGAGGUUUCACAGCUGGCAUAAACUCUUCAUACUCUGAUUAUUAUUGCUACAAUGCUUUUGGUGAAAUUUAAGUUUUUGUUUUUUUGCACACUUUUGAUGAGAUGUUUUUUUUCUACUUACCUUGUGUUGUAAUCUUUAAUGACAAAAUAUGCUAUUGACAAGAAAGAUAGCACAUGAUGUAUCUUAGUGUUACAUGAUAGAGCUUUCAAAUGUAUCUAUAGAUUGUGGUAUUUUCUUUUUUUCCCUCAUAGGAUUUAAGACUAUCUCAGCAAAGAAUCAUAUUUAUACAGAAAUGAAGUCGACUUAAUUUACAUUUUACUCAUCUGCAAUAAAUGUAUAACUAUAAGGAUUUUGUCACAGCAGUUACACUUUUUUUUUAACUUGCAGAAUUAGAUGGAAAUUGUAUUAUUCAUUUAUUUCUUUAAUGCAAAGCCUGCACAAUGGGUUACAAAAAGUUUAACCUGGAAAAACACAAUAUUUACAAGGAGCUCAUCCGAUUUUUAGAAAUGUAUUUGAACGUAUGUCCUGUACAAUGUUGUAGUUUGUUGGUUUUCUUUUUUAUUUUAAACAUUUGUAACAAUAAUUUCAGUUACUCCUGCUGUAGACUUGGUUUACAAAAUACCAAAGUUGGCAAUAUUACCUUUUUAAAUGAUUUUAAACUACUGCGAUAGACUGGCGACCUGUCCAGGGUGUACCCCGCCUCUCGCCCAUUGACAGCUGGAGAUAGGCACCAGCAACCCUCACGACCCCACAAAGGAUAGACGUAUUAGAAAAUGGAUGGAUGGAUGAUUUUAAACUAAGUUGGCAAAUCACUGGGGAAAAUUCAAACAGUAAGAAAUGUCAUUAUUUCGGAGGAGACAGUCGUCCAGCAGUGCCUAGUUUUUUCAAUCCAAGAGGGUUUUCUUAAACAUCAAAUUUUACUUUGACUCAAAUUUCUCCUAUCCACUGUUGGUUGUGAGCAUCUAUUUAACAACUUUUACACUUGCAUUAAAUAGUGCAAGAGACGAGCGUAAACAGAGUUGUCUCAAGUGUAAUGCUAAAUAAAAUUUAAAAAAUCGGAAAUACUAAGACAGCUUUGUCCACAAAACUCCACUUAAAAGUUCCAAGUUCAAGGUGAAAGGGAGGGAAAAAAGUAGUAAACUCCCAUGGGUUCAUUUAUGGGCUAUAUUUCUAUCCUGGUACUUUGUUUUCUUAGUAAAUGCAGCUGAAAUUAAGGAGGCUAACGAAUGUCCCCAGAAAUUUACACUCAUCUCUGGAAAAGGUUCCUGUGGUUAAAUAAAAAUGCUAAAAUGAUUCCUCUAGGCUACCUAGAACCUUUAACUCCUUAAUUAUCCUGAACAUUCAAUCUGCCCUGGUGCCUUUCAACUGUCAUGCUGGGAUGUUUGACUUCAAGCUGAAGGAUGUUUGGGUUUUACAGCAGGACAAUGAUCCAAAGCAAAUGAGUAAGCUCAUAAAUUGCUCAAAAUGUUUUUUUUUUUGUUUUUGUUUUUUUUUUCCAAUUUCACAGGGUAUUUAGUGGCCUCAUCAAAAUUCUGACUUGAAUCCAAACCUGUGGAAUGGUUUUUAACUGCUCACCCCCCUAAAACACUCCUAUGUGGGUGAAUUAAAGCAGCUCUUUAAAGGGUGCAAAAAUCCAUGUGCGAACCAUUGUUCUUGCAAAAGCCUGAAGGCACUUGUUGCCGACAAAGGUCCCCCAAAGCAGUUAUUAGGUUUAAGGCAAGGCAAGUUUAUUUCUAAAGCACUUUUCAGUAACAAGAUGAUUCAAAUGGACUUUUUAAUGCAUCGGUCAGCUGUCUAAUUAUCAGCAAUUCUUCUGUGCAACUU